GCAUCAGUUUCUGAUUCGCUGGUUGGCUGGGACGUUGCAGAAUGCGGAAGUGACGUAUGAAGCGACCAUCCAGGGACUCUUACGGUAUUUACAGUGAACCCAGACAACUGCAUGCUAUCGUUAGGGAGUUCAGCUCGACCUACACACGGGCUGCCACCUGAAGAACAGCCAUGCCGCCCUUGUCUUUGCCCCUGUCGUCUCUUCUGAAGCACAGGGACUGUCUGCAGAAGGCGAACAUGUUCUACAACGUGUUACACGGUUUACCCCACCGGCCGUUCACAUCUCGCUUAUGGAAACGGAAUUUCGCCGCUGUUGCACACGGAGUCGGCCAACUACUGUCACAUCAACCCAGAGCCAAAAACUACGCAGCAUCAGUUUGUAGCAGCUCUUCGGACGGCCAGGACAUGACAGAGAGGCUGUGGUCUGUUCACAAAGAGACCAAAAGGCAGAUUGAAGAUCUGAUUCCGGUCCUGUCCACUAGCUCGGUCAACCCAGACACCAUUUUCGCCAACAAUGAGAUGAGCCUGCGCGACAUCGAGAUCUUUGGCUUUGACUACGACUACACCCUGGCGUUUUACUCCAGUCACCUCCACACUCUCAUCUUCAACAUAGCGCGGGACAUCCUCAUCACUAACCACAGGUAUCCAGAAGGCCUGCGAAAGUAUGAGUAUAUUCCUAAUUUUGCUGUCAGAGGACUUCACUAUGACGUUCAGAAGGCACUGCUGAUGAAGAUAGAUGCUUUUCACUACAUCCAGUUGGGAACAGUAUACAGGGGUCUUCAUCCGGUUUCUGAUGAAGAAGUAAUCGCCAUGUAUGAAGGUAGUCACGUACCUCUGGAGAUCAUGAGCGACUUCUAUGGCAAGAGUUCCCAUGGCCACACCAUGAAGCAGUUCAUGGACAUAUUCUCGCUGCCCGAGAUGACCCUUCUGUCCUGCGUCAAUGACUUCUUCAUGAGGCACAACAUCGACUAUGAGCCGGUCCAUCUCUACAAAGACGUGAAGGAAGCCAUUAGAGAUGUCCAUGUCAAGGGCAUUAUGUACCGAGCUGUGGAGGCAGAUAUUGAAAAAUACAUUUGCUAUGGUGAGCAGAGCCAUGCUGUGCUGAAGAAGCUGUCAGAGCAUGGAAAAAAGAUGUUCCUCAUUACCAAUAGCCCAUUUGACUUUGUGGACCGAGGAAUGAACUACAUUGUCGGGAAGGACUGGAGGGACCUGUUUGAUGUUGUGAUUGUUCAAGCCGACAAACCUGGUUUCUUCAAUGACAGGAGAAAACCAUUCAGGCGAGUGACAGACAAGGGCGUGUUGCUGUGGGACAGGAUUCACAGAUUGGAAAAGGGAAAGAUCUACAAACAGGGAAACCUUUAUGAGUUCCUGAGACUCACCGGCUGGAGAGGAUCCAAAGUGCUCUACUUUGGUGAUCACAUCUACAGUGACUUGGCAGAUCUGACGCUGAAACAUGGCUGGAGGACGGGCGCCAUCAUCCCUGAACUGAGGAAGGAGAUCAAGAUCAUGAACACGGAGCAGUACAUACACAUGAUGGCCUGGCUACAGGCACUGACUGGGCUCAUCGAACAGAUGCAGGUCCACAGGGACCCAGCAUCUCAGGCCGUCGUCGAGGAGUGGAUCAGGGAAAGAGAAGCCAUGAGGGCACAGACGAAAGACAUCUUCAACAGUCAGUUCGGGAGUCUCUUCCGGACGUACCACAACCCCACCUACUUCUCACGCCGUCUCUCGCGCUUUGCUGACAUCUACAUGCCCUCCAUCAGCUGUCUGCUCAACUACGACUUCCAGCACACCUUUUUCCCUCGCCGUACUCCCCUCCAGCACGAGUCGUCCUUCUGGCCCGAACACAGUCCAGCUGGCAUAAGUGUCUCCUCACUCCUCCGUUCCAAUUAGAGAGAGGGAGGGAGGAAGUUCAGAAUCAAAGACAAGCAUUGAAUGAUCUGCUCUGCUCACUCAUACUUGACUGUAACUUUUUUUUUUUUUUUUAAGUUUUGGGACAUUGUAUCUUGCCACAUUUUAAGAUGUGCUUAACUGGUAACAAUCAUGUAAAAUGUUGAAUGUUUGAAUGUUACCAAAAGUAACGGUACUCAUUAUGCAGGAUGGCAUGAUUCAGAAUAAUGUAUAUUAUAUUGUUGGAUUAUAAUUAUUGAUGCAUUAAUGUGUUUUUCAUUUUAAUGUUGAAGUUGGUGAAUCUGGUUUAAGUACUUUACAUAGUUAUUGUUGCCUCUGGGAUCAGUAAAAUUUAAUCUUUAUCUAUAAUAAGCUUUAAACUAGUUAUUGAUGUACUUCCUCUCGAGUAAUUCAUUAAGAAGAACAGAUUUAUUGCUUUUUAAAGCCAAAUGACAUGCAACAGAACGAGCAUUUAGACAUUUAGACAUUUAGACAAUCGUGGAUUCCUUGUUUUUUACAUUUUCAUCAUGCAGAAUUUGAAACACCGAAUGCACUGACUGUUUUAAGUUUGUACGUUGUAUGUUUGUAUGUUUGUGUCUUGGUGUCUAUGAGAGUAGGGGUAGUGAAGUAACACAAAGAUUAUGCAGUUACACAGUUUAAACACUAGGGGGCAGCCACACGCCAAUCUUACUGUGGAUCUGUGCGGAAUGAAUUGUCCUCACUGUCUGUUUGCUUUUUUAUCCUUUGCGUCUGUAAAGCUGUUAAAGAGAAUGUCAUUGUAAUACUCCGAUGUGACAUUUACAUCUCAAACUUCGUUGCCUUAAUCUCUCGUUCACAUCUCUUCAAUGUACUUAUUGUAAUAGCCUGGUGUAAUUUAUGGUAAUUCAGUUUUUCAUUAAUCGUUACUUUAAUUUUUAAGCGCACAUUGUGACACACAUUGCAUGUUUAUGUUCUGAGAUCUUUGCAUUUUCCCCCACACAACACAGCCUGUAAGUCUCACUUCAGCAGCUAGAAAUGUUCAUAUUUGUCAAGGGGGG